GGCAUAUUCUCAAAGGCUGACAUGAUGACGGGUGAACUGAUCGACGUGGAAGGCACGAUAGGCAGCACUUUCUGUAUCCUGGGACCGACAAGAAUCCCAUUAAGUUAGUACCAUGGACAGUGUGUUGCACUUUUUAGGUCUCCCAAUUUCCCAUGACUGAAACAGAGGCUUUCUUGGUAUCCUCAUUCCUGUUGUCCUCUCUUGAAUCCAACAAGAACAUAUUCCUUGAGAAACGUCAUGGCCGAAUCUCAUUCCGGAGUGAUGCCCACCGAGACGCCAAUUUCAAAUAAUAGCCUGACGCCACAGACGAAAUGGUCUAUUGCCUUUGUGGUCAUUUACGCCGUGGUGUUUUUUGCCUUUAUUUGCAUACUCGUGCAUAUCUGGUACUUGGCGAUCAAGACACGGUAAGAAACUCUGGAAUCA